UGGUUUGUUAUGGAUCAGCAGUGCUCCAUGCUUUUGCCAGAAUCAUACGAGUGGUACAGGGAGCAGAUUGCCGGCCAUCAUCCAUCUGUAAUAAAAAAUGGCGUGCGGCAGAUUGGUUUGUUUUCCUUUCCGCCUUCAGGGGAUGCUCCCGGCGCGGACAUCAGAUAUGCGUGGCCCGAAUUGGCUAUCUUUUGGGGCUGGGAAUUCUCACAAUGUUUGCUUGUUCUUUUCGAUUCGAUGAAAUUUUUCCGUAAUCAGCGAAGUGUUUUGUUGGUAGGUUUGAUAAAGCAGAUCGGAACUGAGACACUGAUGAAGCCAGUUCAGCGCGGUGUUCGUGGAGCCUGUGAGAGGGAAUUUUAUUUAAAGCUGGCGCGUCAGCGGGCUUCUUCAGACGGCAGCGAAGAAAGUGCAGUCUUAAAGCGGUUUCUGUCGUUCACUCCAGCAUUCUUCGGGAUCAAAUCGGUGUGGGUUGGGUACAUUGAGGUCGAGUGUCUCGUGCUGGAGGAUUUAGCGAGUCGAUAUAAAUACCCGUGUAUUAUGGACAUCAAAGUGGGAAAGGUUACUUACGAUCCGCAAGCAACACAAGAAAAGCGAUUAUCCGAAGCUGUGAAGUACCCAGAGCAAACGACGCUUGGUUUCCGUUUGACUGGCUAUCGGAAUGUUUAUCGAGAAUUGAGUGUUGAGUGGGGAACGUUUUCCAGUCGCGCUCGUCGACCUUCUAAUUAUGUGUUAAUCUCUAAGGACACUGCGGGAGCACUCCCAGGAUCAAUGGGCGGCAGUGGCGGCGCAUCUGCUCUUUGUCACUCAAAAAAGGCUGUAAUUUAA